CGUAGUCAAAUUAGUAAGUAGCUCAUAUCCUGUUGAUUAGAAAAAUAGGAUCACCUGAAACACACAAACUCAGUGAACUUACUAUGAACUUUCCCUUGUAAUUUCCUCCCUCUUUCCUCCCUAAUUCACCCCACCCCCAUCAUAUUAACGUUACAUCUUUGCAACAACGUAAUUAAAUCACAUCAUUCAUAUCAAUAUUCUCUCUCUCCUUUUUCUGGUAGUCACUUUUGGCAGCUGUGAAACUUUGUUUCCUGUCGAUUUAUCACUCAUUGAUUAUUGUUCUUAUUAAAAGAAGAAUCUUCAGGAAUAUUUUUCAUUUCAUCACCAAAAAAAAGAGAAAAAAAUGGCAGGAAUGCUUCCAGGAGUAGAAGCAGCAAGAAGGAGAAGAUUUCAUCAAAGCAGUGGAACUAAUGGAAAUGGUGCAUCUCCAUCUUCUAGACGUUCUUCUUUCUCUCUCUUCUCUCCCAACUCCUCCACCUCUUUCUUGUCGCAUUCAGCGAACCGGACAUACCACGAUGAUGAGAAGCUAGGACAAUUGGCUCGACAAGCUAAGGAAAGACUUCAUGAGAAGCUCAGAGCUCAAACUAAAUCAAUUAUUAGGAAUAAUAGUGACUUGAGUGAAGAGAGAGUGAAUGGAAGAUCAAGAGUAAAUACAAGAUAUGAGUUGAAAACAGAGGUAUUUGGAUCAAAGAAGAAUGGAGGAGCAAAGAGGUUAAUAGGGUGGGCAAAGUUAGGGUGGAAAUCAGGGGAGCAAGAAGAAUGUGCAGUUUGUUUGGAUGAAUUUAAGGUGGGUGAAAAUCUGGUGAAUUUACCUUGUGCUCAUAGAUUUCAUUCCAGGUGUUUGGUGCCUUGGCUUCACACCAAUGCCCAAUGCCCUUGCUGCAGGACCUCCAUCUUCUCCUAGCUCUUUCCAUCUACUCAUAUCAGUGGUCAAGAUUAUUCCAUUAGUAACAUUUUUACCCACACUGUAAAUUUCCAUUUGUGUGUGCGCGCGCAGAGCUAGCUAGCCGUGCGUGCACAGAGCUAGCUAGCCGUGCGCGCACACAUUUUUUGUAUUGGAUAGAUGAUUUUUAGGUGAUCAUAAUAGAUAUAGAUAUAUGAUCAUGUUUAUGAUCUAAUGGUUUAGAAUCAUUUUGAACUACUAGAUUUCACGAUCAUGUUUAUUAAGACUAUUUUAGAACAACUCGCAUAAGAAGGGUUAGAUUAAUGUUACUUAGUGUGAAAGUAUCCCAACGUUACAUCACCUUUUUCAUUUUUUAUGAGGUUUGUUGUAUUACGAGGUUUGCCACAGAUUGAGUGUGAGACUAUAUUGAAUUGCUGAUGUAUAUUGACCA